AUGCAAAACUUUUGGAAGACCGCUGAUGCUAUAGAGAGGACUGAGAAUGCUUCACAAUGCAGAAAUUCUGAUCGUGGCGGACUUGGAGUGCACAAACACUUAGCCGCUGAGGCAUAUAAGAAGACAGUUGAAGAGAGAUUGGCUGAACUGGAAGAGGAUGUUCAUGAUGCUUCAGAGAUUUCCUCUGAACAUUCAAUGCAUCCUAGAGAACUCAGCAUUGAUGAAAUGAAUGAUAUCUUCCUUAAGUGUACUCAUAUAGAUGACCAAGGCAACCCUUAUGGCCUUGGAUCACUGGUGGAGACUCUACACAAGGGAAAAAGGAAGGAGAGUUACGCAAGCUCUUCUUCUACAGUGACAAUUGUUGAGCUUCAAGAGCAGCUGCGGCGCAAGAUCUCUAAUCAGGAUGCUGAGAAUGCAAGACGUGAUGAGGAGCACCGGAAGUCUCAAGCUCGGAUCGCAAGCUUGGAGAAGCUCAUCCUUUUCAUAAAAGACAAAGAUCCAGACUUGGCAGCUUUUAUGUCAACCUCUCCACUCCUUGAACCAGAAGUGAUCAUACCACCCACCACUACAACAACCACCCUUCCAGCCACCACAGGAGCUGCAGUCCAACCAGCAGGACACACCACUGGAACCACACCAACCUCUCCUCUAUCCACCGCCUCAAAUCAGGAAACUUGA